AUGGAGUGGUUGGCAAUAUUUUUCUUUACGUUUGUUCUUCAGUUCAGCGGGAUUGAAGGUGAGGUUAUACUGGUACACGUAGACUACAUGUUGCCGCUAUACAAAUUGUCAAAUCAAACUGUCUGUAUAAGCCCUGUGGCUGUGAAUUAAAGACUAUAAUGUUUAUUGCUAAUAUUAGUCUGUAGUCAAGAAUUGCUUCAUAGACAUAGCAGUUGUUCGAAUCAAAUCUUCAUGUAAAUUGAAGUUUUUACUAAAGGUACACAUACGUGCGUGCUGAUGUACAGAAUUAAAGACUAUAUCAGUUAUUACACUAUAUUAGUCGCGAAUUCAUAGUGACCAUAGUCCAAUCCAGAUCUGAAUUUAAUGACAAAUGUAUCAGUUUUUCCAAGAGUCUGGUAUAAAUACGUGAUAUAUGUCCAGAUAUAAAGUAUAUUUCGAAACUAUGAAACUGACUGAAGCACAUAAUUAAUCCAUUCUCGUACGACGCAGUCCUAGACACUCGAUCAUCCCUGCAAUUCACCAACGUUAGCGUGUAUGACAUAUUUGAACUUAAACUGUUUGUUAUCAUCGAUUAAAAUAUAUAUUGGGCCACCAAGUAAAUAUCACGCAUAAUAAUCUCGAGCCGGAAUUUUCUUUGUAUUAUUAAUUACUAUACACCCACUUUAGUAAAAGUAUAUAUAAUUUUUUUUUGGUUCCUCCAUUGAAAUCGUAAAUGUUGCACCUAAUAUAUAAAGUGAAAUUUUUAAAAAUAAUAUUUGUGCUAAUCAUAUGAGUAUGCAUGCAGGUUACAAUAUCAAUUGAGAGUCAGGUGCAGAUCGGGUAAAAUGGGAGCUUGGAUUUAAUUUGCCUCUCAAUUUUAAUAUUGUUUGCAUAACUUUGAAUGUUAGAGCAUGCAGUUAUUGUACAACUUUGCAUUUAUUUUCGGAAAUGUGACUUUUAAUUAAUAUUAAUUGUUCAAUUAUGCUACAGUUUAGUCAAAUGUAGAGGUGUCAAACGUAGAGGUGUACAUUACUAUAAAAGCGGUGAUUUCAGAAAAGGUACAAGUAGCAGAUGAUCAUGCACAAAAAUUAAAUAACUAAUCAGAAAAAUAAAUAACCAAUUAUCAGCUCAGAAGCUACUGAAAGUAUAUCCACCGUAUAAUAUGAUAUACAAACGUUAUUGCCGUAUUGGUCAUUGAAUUCAAGUUAUCCACUAUUCCUGAGAUGUUAAUUAGUUGAUCGUUUAGACCUUUUACACUUGUACCGGAUAAGUUUGCGUAGCGACGUUAAAAAACACAUAUCCGUACCUUUUAGAAACGAUUUGGACAUUUGCUUCGAUCUUAGUAUUAGACAUUGUGUUUCCAGUCUACUACUGCCAGUUACUACUAGUGAUUUUACACUAAUUUCUUCUAUUAUUUCAGGAGCUCGAUAUGAUAUUGAUGACCCAGCUGGUAAGUACUAAACAAGCCAAUCACAUUUGGCGUAAAGUACUAUAGCUAUAUAUACGGUAUAACAACACUUUCAGUACUUGGCUCAAUCAAAAUAACUAAUUCAACACUAGUAUAUAUAUAUAUAUAUAUAUAUACUUGAUAAUGGAUCAGUUCAGAAACCAGACAUAGUACGCACCACAUGCAGUGCGAUACCCGGGGCAUGCGCAAAUUAAACAAGUCGGUCACAAGCGCGAAGAUAUAUUAUUUUUGAAUAAAUACCAAACCCAACGCUUGUGAUUCCGAACAAACCACACUGACUGACUAAACUCACGCAGCGAAUAUAAAGCGAUGCCUAACUUUGUUACGGCACCGCAAUUAUUGGACACUUUAGUUCACUAUAGUUGCGAGAACGCGUAUCUUAAUAACCAGGCCAGUGCUUUUUCAAGCCGUAGGGUAAUUAUCUAACACCACCACGAUUACUGGAGGACGUGCUUUUAUCUUUCGUGAGUCAAUUUUUUCAUGCCGAGCACGUCCUCCAGUAAUAUGUAUAGCUACCUCUAUGUAUAGCUCAGUGAACACCACUAGGUCCCAAUUUCCCCAAUGGCCAAUAGAGGAUGAUAUAUUUGCGCUAGAAAACGUGUUUUGUGAAAAAUUUAAUUGGUAAGCAUUACGCCAUGUAAAAAAAUAUCCCGGUUUAUCAUCAGCGCCCUCAUUUUUAUUUUUAAAAAAAUUACUAUUUCCAGCGGACCGUGCGAGGAACCCACGCGAGAUUUUCACGAUGGUUGGCCAUUUUGAAAACACGAGUUCAUAUUGCCACAACGUGUGUGAUAUUGCGCUUGGGCCUUGGCAAUUGUAGUAUUAAUGAAAAGUGUAAUAGCAUUGAAAAUAUUAUAUCAUUCAACUGUGCUGCGUGUUUGAGCAUAUUUUUUCCGUGCACCUACUAAAUGUGAUUCGGUAAAAAUUAAAAAAAAUCCGCCCGCCCGCACGGGUUUUUUCUGCUGCCACUGAUGAUAAUAAACAGGGAUAUAUUUUUACAUGCCUAACUACCGCGUCAGUCAAUAUGGAUAAUCCUAAGUUUUUCAUUGCUAAGGAAGUCAUUGCUACUACUAGUUAUACAAUUUAAAGUGUGCUUAAUAUAUUUUUGUUUUUAAAAAUGUAGGAGCAAUCUCCGUCCUCCUUUUGGUUCUCGCAAUUAUCGUCUGCUUCGUUUCUCUCAUGUUCUUCUUCUAUAUUGUUUAUCAAUUAUGGCAUGGGAAGUUUGGCCGCCGUUAUCGCAGGAG